AGGGGCUAAAGAGUGAUAGGGCCGGGGGGGCGGGGCUAGAGGAGAAGCUUGUUGCUAGGGAAUUCGGAGCCACGCUCCCGAGAGGCGGGACUGCGCUGGCGCCGGGUUGACGCGUGCGCCGGCGCGCCGCGGUUUGAAAGGCCCGAGCCUCGCGCGCGUGCGCACUUCAGCGCGCGCAGGGCGCACCCCCUCGUCGCCCCUGAAACUCGGACCCUCCUGCGUCCUUCAGGUCCCGCGAAGCCCACGACGCUGACAUGCCGGAGAUCCGCCUCCGCCAUGUGGUGUCCUGCAGUAGCCAGGACACGGUGAGGGACUAGGACCCACUGUGCAGACAACCUCCUCAAGGCGGACACCUACCGGAAGUGGCGCGCGGCCAGGGCGGGCGAGAAGACCAUCUCGGUGGUGCUCCAGAUUAACAACAGCAUUGCAGAAAUGGUAGUUCGGACUGGCCGCUUCAGUUUCUCUGCACUUGUUUUCUCAUCUGUCUUUUGGGAAUGAUGAGAUUCAGGCCCAGGGUUGUUGUGAUAAUUUGGUGACGUAACGUCUGCAGAGGUGCCCUGUCAACAGUUAGAGAAGGAGGAGCAGAUACAUAGUGUGGACAUCGGGAACGAUGGCUCGGCCUUUGUGGAGGUGCUGGUGGGCAGCUCGGCUGGAGGGGCCGGGGAGCAAGACUAUGAGGUCCUUCUGGUCACCUCGUCUUUCAUGUCCCCUUCUGAGAGCCGAAGUGGCUCCAACCCCAACCGUGUUCGCUUUUUUGGACCUGAGAAGUUGGUCCGGGGAGCAGCUGAGAAGCGCUGGGACCGAGUCAAAAUUGUUUGCAGCCAGCCCUAUAGCAAGGACUCCCCCUAUGGCCUGAGUUUUGUACGGUUUCACAGCCCUCCAGACAAAGAUGAGGUAGAGGCUUCACCCCAGAAGGUGACCAAGCUUGGCCAAUUCCGUGUAAAGGAGGAGGAUGAGGGUGCCAGCUCCCUGAGACCAGGGGCCCUCUUCUUCAGCCGGAUCAAUAAGACAUCCACUGCCACCACCAGUGACCCAGCGGGACCCAGCUAUGCAGCUGCCACACUGCAGGCCUCAAGUGCCACCUCCUCCACCUCUCCAGCCUCCAGGGCAGUAGGCAGCACCUCCAAGCCUCAGGAGUCCCCCAAAGGGAAGAGGAAGUUGGAUUUGAAUCAAGAAGAAAGGAAGACCCCCAGCAAACCCUCAGCCCAGCCCUCACCACCUGCCCGCAAGAGACCCAAAUUGUCAGCACCCAUCUCUACCCCUGCCACUGCCUCAGUCCCUGCCCCAGCACGGGGGGCAGUGCCAGGGAAGGCCCGAGGAGAAGGCACGGAGCACAGGGCACCCCGAGCUGGCCCGCAGGAGAUGGGGACGAUCCUUAAGGGCGUGGUGGUGGUGCUGAGUGGCUUCCAGAACCCCUUCCGCUCGGAGCUCCGGGACAAGGCCCUAGAGCUCGGGGCCAAGUAUCGGCCAGACUGGACCCCAGACAGCACCCACCUCAUCUGUGCCUUUGCCAACACCCCUAAGUACGGCCAGGUCCUAGGCCUCGGAGGUCGCAUUGUGCGUAAAGAGUGGGUGCUGGACUGUCACCGCAUGCGGCAGCGGCUGCCCUCCCGGAGGUACCUCAUGGCAGGGCCAGACUCCAGCAGCGAGGACGAGGGCGGCCCUCACGGCGGCGGCAGCGGGGAUGAAGCCCCACAGCUUCCCCAAAAGACCAAAACCAAGGCCCCUCAGGCAGCGGGAUCCAGCUCACCCCAGACAGCCUCCACUCCAGAAGAGACCAAACCAGCCUCACCCGGGUCCCAGGAAGAUACCCACACUGAGGGGGAGUGGUCAGCAGGACAGGACAAUGGAGCGGAAGAUUCUGAGGACACUGAGGAUGAGCUGAGAAGGGUGGCUGAGCAGAAAGAACGAAGGCAGCCCCCUGGCCAGGGGGAGAAUGGUGAGGACCCAUAUGCGGGAUCCACAGAUGAGAACACUGACAAUGAGAGUCCCCCAGAGUCUCCUGACCUGCCAAUUCCUGAACUCCCAGACUUCUUCCAGGGCAAACACUUCUUCCUGUACGGGGAGUUCCCUGGGGACGAGCGGAGGAAGCUCAGCCGCUAUGUCACAGCCUUCAAUGGGGAGCUCGAGGACUAUAUGAGCGACCGGGUCCAGUUUGUAAUCACAGCACAGGAGUGGGACCCCAGCUUUGAGGAGGCCCUGAUGGACAAUCCCUCCCUGGUGUUUGUCCGCCCGAGAUGGAUCUACAGUUGUAACGAGAAGCAGAAGUUACUUCCUCACCAGCUCUAUGGGGUGGUGCCUCAGGCCUGAAGUAUGUGCUUGUGCACACACACACGCGUGCACACACACACACACACACACACACACAAGUUUAAUU